AUGUUUAAUAAAUUAAUUUUUGUUUCCUUUUCUACUUUAGUACUGUGUAAUAAUGUAUUGUGUCAAGAAAAUCCGAUAGUAGAAACUCAACAUGGACAAAUAUCCGGCAAAGUAUGGAAGACUUUAUUUAAAAACAUCAACUACUUUGGGUUUCUAGGAAUACCGUUUGCAGAACCACCUCUUGGAGAACUGAAGUUUAUGGAUCCUAAACCAGUUGAGCCUUGGCAAGGAGUGCUGAGUGCUACAAAACUUAAGCCUGCAUGCAUCCAAUUUAACCACAACAUAAAGAAAGGUCAACCUUAUGGACUGUAUGGAUCCGAAGAUUGCUUAUACUUGGAUAUAUUUACACCAGGAGUGGAUAAGGAAAAACGAGCAGUUGUAGUGUUUACUUACAACCACUAUUUUUACAACUCGUAUAACAAAACUAAAGAUUAUGCGCCAGAUUUCUUCAUAGAAGAAGAUAUUGUUGUCGUGACAAUAAGUCACAGACUGUCUGCGUUUGGCUUUUUAUCUCUAGAAAGCGAAACAUUACCUGGAAAUGCUGGGUUAAAAGAUAUUGUUUUAAGUCUUGAAUGGAUUAGAGAUAACAUUGAAAACUUCGGCGGAGAUCCUAACCGUAUAACCAUGAUGGGUGCAGAGAGUGGAGCAGCUGCUAUUGAUCUACUUAUCCAUUCCAAGGCUAAAAGCUUAUUUAGCGCUGCAAUUUUACAGAGUGGAACCUCGUGGACCCCAGCUCAAUUACAGAAAGACGUUAGAGAAAGAGCUUUCAAACUUGGUAAAAUGAUGAAUAUUACAACAUCUAGCGAAAUCAUAUUACUAAAAGAACUUCGAAAUGUAGAUAAUCUUCAAAUAGCCAGUAGAGAUGUCCACGCCUGUCCGGAUGAUUAUUUUAAAGAAACUCAAAAUAGUGUAAUAGCCUUUGGCCCUAUUGUAGAAAAGCAACCUAGAGGUUUGAUCACAGAAUACCCUGAAUCCUCAGAUAGUGAAAUCAAUAUUCCCAUCUUAAUGGGUUAUAACUCACGAGAAGGACUAGAACCUUCAUUGGAGUAUCUUAAAGAACCUAGGUUUUUACCAUUUGUAAAUAAAGACUUUCCGUUAUUAUUUCCUAUACGUGUGAAUUUUGCAUUUGAUCCCAGAAAACAAGUAUUUUCUGAUGCUAGAGUCGAAAUCAAAAACUUCUAUUUCCCUAAGGGUAAAAUAAAUGUAAAGAACGUUCCAGAAAUUGUCACCUUAACAGGUGAUACAAUAGUAAAUUAUGCUUUGGAUUAUACAGCAAGGUUGUAUUCGAAAAGAUCAUCAAAACCCGUGUUCUAUUAUCAUUUUGAUUACUACAGCGAGCUAAACGAAAAUAAGAAUGCCGUAAUGAAUCUUUCGGUUGUAGAAGAUGGCACAUGGGGAACGGCAACUGGAGACGAAAUGUGUUACCUCUUUAAGUGUCCAAAUCUUAAAAAUGUUUACUUAAAACUUAAACAACAAGAUUCAGAAGAACUGAUUGUACAGAAGAAAAUGCUUAGAUUAUGGGCCAAUUUUAUUAAAUACGGUAACCCUACACCCGAUAAUGAUGAAAUACUUGAAGGAUUGAAAUGGCCCACUUACACCAUUGAAAACAAGGAGUAUUUGGACAUUGGCAAGGAGCUGAAAAUUAAAACAGAUUUAAACAAAGAGAGAUAUGAAUUCUGGGACAACUUUAUUGAGAAGUGGGGUCAAAGGGCUGUCAAUGGAAUUAUUAGUGAAUCUAUAAAAGAUGAGUUGUAA